UCUUUGUCAAUGGUAAGGAAAAGAAAGACUCUUUUCAAUUCCUUUUGGAAAAAAAAUCAAGAAUAGAUUCGCUUCAUGGAAAGCAAAAAUCUCUCUUGGGCCGGCCGGGCAAUUUUAAUCAAAUCUGUUAUUUCUAGCAUGCCCAUUUAUACUAUGUCUCUCUUUCGGUUGCCUAAAUCCAUUCUUAAUAAGAUUAACUAGGCUUCUAGACAUUUUUGGUGGGGGUAAUUAUGAGGCCCCCCCCCUGAGUUGAGACAAGCUGUGCAAACCCAAGCCAGUGGGAGGACUUGGCUUUAGGCGAGCAGCUGGCAUGAAUAAGGCUAUGCUUUCGAAAACCAUUUGGGCUCUUAUUUCUAAAAAUGAUAGUCUCACAAUGAGAGCCAUGGUUGCAAAAUAUGGCAAAUUUCCCUACUCCAUCAAACAGAUCAGCUGCGACUCAUUCAUAUGUGUGGAAGGGAAAACAAUGGUGUCAAGAAACUUUCGAAGCAGGCGGUAAGGCUGACAUUGGGCUUGCACUUCAGCAGAUUCGUUGAUCUUUCGUGGAGCACUUGGGAGUUCAAACCCAGCACAAGCACACUGCAAAUCUUCACUCUCAGGUCCUUCCCACCGCUGACAUACUUGAGGCCCCACCAUAUGAGCCGCAAUUCAGCUAGCCAUCUACUAUUUAUCGCUGUUACAACUCCACCACUCCCCUCUCUAGUGUUCAUGACUAAACAUGGUGGAAAAUUCACACAGAUGCAACUUGGAGAGACUCUAAGGCAGCAGCCAUUGUUGGUAUAGCAAAGCCCCUUAACGGAGAUAUAUGUUGUUCCUGGUUCGCUCAUAUCACAGCAGCUUCUCCAACCCACGCGGAAGCACAAGCCAUUCUUAUAGCUGUCUCCUUAGCUCUCAAUCACAAUUAGUCGAAGAACAUUGCUUUAGUCCUAGCUAAUGCAUUGCUUAAUCCCUGGAAUGUCCCUUGGGAUAUUAAGAACAUUGUCUUAGAUAUUAGGCUACUGCUUUCCUCUUUCUCGGAUUGACGUUGUACUUGGGUUCCUGCUCCUCCAACCUUCAUGCGCGCGAUCUAUGCCAAUUUGGCAUUUGAUCAAAUUUUCUUUCCUUUUAUAUGUUUGAGGAUUACCCUUGUAACAAUGUCCAAUAAUAAUAUUAUUCAAUGUUUAU